AUGCUCCGCUACGUAUCCCUGCUUGCCGUCGUCGCAACGGCCAUCUCGGCCGCGUGCACUGAUGGAAAGGAAAAUGCCUUCACACUGGCCAACGUUAAUGAUGCCAGCCUCUCGAUCCACUUCGAAAACGUCGUCGUCCAGACCUACGAUGCGAACAUGCAGCCAGUUUGCGAGAAGAAUGCCCCGUCCCUCAACCUCCCCGGCGUCAUCAAGCUUGUUUCGGGAGACAUUAAGGUCACCGCCGCCAACGAUUUGUCCCAAGAUGAGGCUGAUCUCUCCCUGAAGAAGGACUCCCUUCUGGUCGGAACCGUCUGUGAUAAUGGCAAGAGCAAGAACCCAAUCCUGCCCGACAAGGACUGCAAGAUCACCGAUGUCUGCAGCCUGCUGGGCGCUGAUCUGUGCAAGCUGAUGGGAACCCCUGGAACCUAUGACUUGGCCACGAUUGAAAAGGAUCUCAACAUCACUUCCACUAUCACUCUGCCGAAUAUCAAUGGAGCUAUCAACUCGAUUCUUAAGGGCAACUGGCAAGUCGGGAUUUCUUUGAAUGGUGGAGGCAAGACCAUCGGUCAGAUCAAGCUCCCCGGAAACGCCGACUGGAUCUACAUCAAC